AUGCGGAAAGAAGAGAAAGAACGUGAUAAAAAUUGUUCAACAAUAACUGAACUGGGCAAUACACUUUCAUCAAAACAAUCAUCACAUAUGUCAUCACGUUUCACAACGACGGCUGUUCGAGAGGAGGAUUUCGCAGAGGUGAGCAGUCUGGAUAAGCAACAGUGUUCGUUGUUGCAAAGUGUGCAACCUGAAAAGAAUAUGGACGACAACUUUUCAUCAAGUGAAUUUGUUGCGGACGCUAAAGAGAUAAGCGAUGCUCACGAACGCAACCACAGUAAAAGCACAGUUCCUUCUGUACCUAAACAAAAUAAUAUUUCGAAUUUGGAAGACGCCACCCAAACAACAGCAACUAAACUUUUAACACUUAUUGAUAAUCAAGGACACAAAAAAACCGUUCCAAUUAAUCUCAGUUUAGCACAGGAUUAUCCGAGAUCUGCAUUGGAAAUAUUGCAGCAAAGAAGGCAUUCCAGUAUGUUGCCUCGUUUGAGAGAUGAUUUCUCGCUUGAUCCAUCCCUCAAAAGUAUUCGCAGACAUUCGUUGAGUCCAAUCACAUCAGCAUUUGAACAUCCGUCGAUGCAUUUAAGCAGAGUGCCCAUCUUCUCACCCGAAUCAUUCAGACGUCCGUCAUUCAUGCCAACACGUCGCCGUUUUCAUAGUAUCGCACCAGUUGAAAAAGCACAGGCUAAGCCACCCACGAUCCUCGUAUAUACGGGCGAUAAUAACGAACUCUUCAACGGAAUCGCCUCAUCGUUAUCAACAAUGAUUUCAUCGGACACUUAUACCAUAUUUCAUCUGUCCAAAGAAGCGUUACGUGAUCAUCCGUGGAUCAGUAAUGAGACGGCUUGUCUUCUCAUUGCUGAUACAAAAACGCUUGAUGAUAAGUCGUGGGCCAGACUUCAACACUACUUCAACAAUUCAGGCAAAAUGAUAUUCAUAUGUCAAAACAGUUUAUUGGCAAGUCUGUCGUCAUGUGAAACAUCACGUAAAAGUGUGAAGAUGUUGAAGAUGGCAUUCGGUGAAAGGCAUACAAGUGCACUCGGCAAAGAUUUUGAAACGUUUCUCAAGAAGACGCUUAAGAUGAUAGCCAAACAUAAAAAGGUUCAGUAA